CACCCGGAUGUGUGACGUCACUUUAGUGCGCGCUGCGUCAUACAAACACAUGGUCCUGCAUUUCUCUUAACGCUGCAGAUCUGAUCAGGUUUUUGGGGUUUAAUUUUAUAAUCCGGUGGGAUGAAAGUUAAAGUGCUUUGUAGAAACCCGGACGAUUAUGUUCGAGAGACAACCAGAGAUAUACAGCGAGUGCCUAGGAACUAUGACCCGACCCUGCAUCCUUUUGAGGUGCCCAGGGAAUAUACCAGAGCCCUGAAUGCCACUAAACUUCAGAAGGUGUUUGCCAAACCCUUUGUGGCUUCACUAGAUGGGCACAGAGAUGGCAUCAGCUGCAUCGUCAGACACCCCAAAAGCCUUUCAACGGUCUUAUCUGGUGCCUGUGAUGGGGAGGUGAAAGUGUGGAACCUUCCUAAGAGGGAGUGUUUGAGGACAGUUAAGGCUCAUGAAGGAUUUGUACGAGGAAUGUGCUCCCGCUUUUGUGGCACCUCCUUUUUCACGGUAGGAGAUGACAAGACCAUCAAACAGUGGAACAUGGAAGCACCAGGAUAUGGAGUUUGUGAGGAGCCAAUUAACACAAUUCUGGGGAAGGCGGUGUUCACUGACAUUGACCACCACUAUAGGGAGGGACUGUUCGCAACCUGUGGGCAGACGGUGGAUAUCUGGGAUGAGCAGAGAAGCAGUCCCAUCCGCUCCUUCAGCUGGGGUGUGGACAGCUUCAACUGCGUCCGCUACAACCCUGUGGAGACCGAACUUCUCGCCAGCUGUGGAUCAGACAGAAGUAUUAUCUUGUAUGACACUAGAGAAGCUGCACCACUCAGAAAGGUUAUCAUGAAAAUGAGAAGCAAUACACUUUGCUGGAACCAAAUGGAAGCCUAUUAUUUUGUUUGUGCAAAUGAAGAUUACAACCUCUAUACUUAUGACAUAAGGUAUAUGGAUAUUCCUGUGACUGUGCACAUGGAUCAUGUAUCCGCUGUGCUGGAUGUGGAUUAUUCACCUACAGGAAGGGAGUUUGUAUCCGCCAGCUUUGACAAAACCGUCCGCAUCUUUCUGAAAGACGGAGGCAACAGCAGGGAGGUGUACCACACCAAACGUAUGCAGCAUGUCAUCUGUGUGAGAUGGUCAGCUGACAACAAAUACAUCAUGAGCGGUUCCGACGAGAUGAACAUUCGGCUGUGGAAGGCCAAAGCCUCAGAGAAGCUCGGAUUGCUCUCCGCCCGAGAAAAAGCUGCCGCAAACUACAACAAGAAGCUGAUGGAGAAAUUUCGGCACCACCCACAAGUGAAACGCAUCGCCUGUCACCGCCACCUGCCCAGAGAUGUCCUGAAACAGAAGAGAGAGCAGCGGCAAAUGAAAGAAGCCCAGCGCAGGAAGGAACUAAACAUCCGCAAACACAGCAAGCCGGGAUCUAUUCCUGUGCAGAUAGAAAAUGAGAAACAUGUGGUGGCUGUUGUGGAGUAAGAGAUGAAUUAAAGAGGUGCUUUCGAUGGAUGGGUUUCUGUUCUCCACACACGGACGCGCUCCAGAAUAUUCCACUCUUUGGCCACUCUUUUACUUCCAUACUAAAACAUUUUUUGGUAUAUACAAGAACUUUCAAUAUAUUGCUGCAUAUUUGUAAAGAAUUUUACAUGAGCAUGGAAAUGAUUCUAGAAUUGCUUUAUAAUUGAUUGAAUAUGAACAAUAAACAAUGUCUUAAUCUGUGAA